UUAACUAAACCAGCCCAAGUUUGGGUAUUCUUUGAUUAUCUCUCUAAAUGUGCUGGAAAGUUUUAUCACAUUUCCCCCAAAAAAAUUGUUCUUGUUCUUGGAUCUGGUCUUCUUCGCCUGAUGUGAUUUCCUUCGUCUUUUCGCGUCUCUGGUAGCUGCUGCAGUUAUUCAAUUAGUCCAUAGUACAUAGAUGGCAGAAAAGGCUUGUAUAAAACGUCUCCAAAAGGAAUAUAGAGCACUUUGCAAGGAACCAGUCUCCCAUGUUGUGGCUCGUCCUUCCCCAAAUGACAUUCUCGAGUGGCAUUAUGUGCUCGAAGGUAGUGAUGGAACACCUUUUGCUGGUGGUGGAUAUUACUAUGGAAAGAUCAAGUUCCCUCCAGAGUAUCCUUACAAGCCACCCGGAAUCACGAUGACUACACCAAAUGGUCGAUUCAUGACACAAAAGAAAAUCUGUCUGUCUAUGAGUGAUUUUCAUCCAGAAAGCUGGAACCCAAUGUGGUCUGUGUCAAGCAUACUUACAGGACUUCUCUCAUUUAUGAUGGAUACUAGUCCGACAACCGGAAGUGUGAACACUACCGUCGCUGAGAAGCAACGGUUGGCUAAGUCAUCUCUCGCUUUCAACUGUAAAACGCCAGCGUUCCGGAAGCUAUUUCCAGAGUAUGUAGAGAAGUACAACCAGGAGCAACUAGCUGAAGCGCAGCAGACGGCAGCAGAGUCUCCUCUUCAAGAGAGCAAUACCAGAGCUGAGUCAGAGAAAGCAGUGGAGCUAAGAAAUGAGGACUCAGAGGGUGGCUUGAAGGAGAGGAGGAAGAACAAGAAACAAGGAUUACCGGCGUGGAUUAUACUAUUGCUUGUGUCGGUAUUUGGGGUUGUAAUGGCGUUGCCUUUGCUUCAACUGUGAUUUCUUUGCAACACAAAACAUAAAAUUGGACGACCCUUGAGAUAAAAUAUCUUCCUUCAGUAUCAAGAGUAGUCGUGUCUUCUGUCUAGUGUCAUUCCUUACUGAAUUUAACUCGAUUAGCACCUCAUGGUUUGUGCUUUUAUAUGCUGAUGACAUAAGUUUGGUUUCACAAUGUUAUAUAUAUAGCUUUGUUUGAACUA